AUGCAAUGCUCUGGAAUCUCACCUCGAGAUACGAGCAGUAACAUCACAAUAAGACGCACAAAACCUACGCACUUAACUCAAAGUCAGGAACCUCUCACUCUUGAGAGUAUAAAGCACAUAAUUCAUGAUGAGAUGAAUGCAUUUAUAAAUAAAAUUGAAAGCAAUAUCAGCAAAAUUAUAGAAAAUAAAAUAAAGGGACUAACCAAGGAAAUCACUGAUCUAAAGGAAUCUGUUCUUUUCAUUACUAACCAAUACGAAGAUUUAAAAAAGGAUAUGCAAGUAAAAUUUAAAGAUGUAAAACAUCUAAAAGAAGAAAAUGAUUGCCUUAAAUCAACAGUAAAAGACCUCAAUAGUCGCUUAAGCAUAAUGGAGCAGCAUUCAAGAAUGAGCAACCUAGAGAUACAAUGUAUUCCGGAACAUAGGGCCGAAAAUAUACCUCAUAUUAUUACACAAAUAGGGAAGAUUACCGGCACUAAAAUAUCUGACGCUGAAAUCCAUAAAUGUACAAGAAUCGCCAAGAUUAAUCCAGAAAAUGCACGACCGCGGUCUAUUAUUGUGAAGUUUGCUUGUCCACGGGUUCGUGAUACAUUCUUAGCCGGAGUAAUAAAUUUCAAUAAAAGAAACACAAAUGAAAAACUAAAUACAAGCCACAUCGGGAUAGGUGGCAACAAAAAACCUAUAUUUGUAGUCGAACAUUUGACCCCGGAGCUGAAGAAAAUCCACGCCCAUGCCAGAGCGACAGCAAAGAAAUUAAAAUACAAAUUUGUCUGGAUUAAAAAUGGUCGUGUCUUUUUAAGAAAAACCGAUAAUUCUGAACAUAUUGUCGUGCGUAACAUCGAGCAGCUCAAAGAAUUACAAUAG